AAAAAGACAGAGUGACAUAAAGACCAAGUCUCCUUCCAAGCACAGAGAGACGGCGAUGGAGGCUACGCGCGAAGGCCAGCUCCUCCUCCAGCCGGUGCCGGUGAUCAGCCUGAUCUUACUUCAUGUCGGUGCUGUGGGGGCCUGCAGCGUCUCUGUCACGCAGCCACAAUACCUAGAAGUGGACCUCACUCACAAGGCUGUGACCAUUGAGUGCACCUUUUCCAUGAGCAACUGCACUAGGAAGCCAACAGUAAGCCUGUGGUUCCGCCAUGGCACACAGCAGCCCAAGAACCUGUGCUUCCCGCACGGGUGCAGAAGCGAAGCCGACAAGUACACAAUGAGGGAAGUCCUGGCCCAAAACCAAGUGUCUCUCACGGUGAACAGGGUGACUUCAAACGACAGCGCAGUUUACAUCUGCGGAAUCGCUGCUGCUACGGACGCUCUGGCCCCAAGAGCCAGGCAAACAGGAGAAGGGACCGUGCUGGUGGUGAGAGAGAGCAAGCCUCUCAGCAGGGAAGUACAGAGUCUGCUGACGGCUCUCCUGGUGCUGCUCUCCAUCUACAUCGCUGGCAUCUGCAUCAUCGUCAUCAUCCUCUCCAAAGCAAAAUCUCACCCUCUAAGAAACAGAGAAACCAAAGAAGAUGCACAAAAGAAGAGUGCUCGGCGUAUUUUUCAUGAAAUUGCUCAAGAGCUGUACCAAAAGAGAUAUGUGGCUACAAACCCACAACCUGACAAAGACAACAGCACUUAUGAAAAUCAAAGUGCACUCUCCAACCGUAAAAGCCCUUAAAACGAAGGCUGUUUUCAGCUCAGUCACUCAAGGUGCAACUCCAGAAUCCCUGGCAGCAUUCACGAGCACAGACCAAGCAGUUCUUCGAAACAAACAUUCAAAGCUGAAAAUGGAACAACAGUGGUUUCAAAGGAAAAUAGAGCAGUAUCAAACUG